AUGUCAAGCAUCUGCCCACCAGAAGGCAACGGAACGAGUACUCCCCAAACAGUGCUAGCCCAAGAUUCAUACGAUUCAAGAAGCGGCAGGCCUUCAACGUCAGCGCGCGCCGCCAGCCACAACCUCCCACCCGCCCUUGACUUCGAGCACUACUUCGUUGAGCAGACCUUCGAUGGGCUUUGUGGCGAUAUUUCUCUUCUCACGUACUAUCUCAAAGGCCAUCGGUCUGGCGAUCCGGACUCGGUGAAGUCCUCAGAUCAAGGAGCGGCCCAAUUCUGGAGUGGUCUGUCGUUCAUCCUUGACGCCGGCGAUCUCAACUCCAAUAUUAAUGGGUCCGCUGUCGUGGCGGUCACCGGUCAAGUGCUCCACGACCGAGUCAUUUCCGGAAUCUUCGCUCGUAAAGGGACUUGCUGUGUUUCCCAAGACGUGGACGGCGGCGCGCCCAAGACAAAACGGACAGUUAACGUCGAUCCAGUACGUCCGGCAGGACGGGGGACGGCCGAAGCUUUACUAGAAUCAUAUCAUACGGCAACACCCGUCCCCUUCGCAAUCCAUCUGCAGGAUAUCGUCACCCUCAUGGACUACAUGACCAGCUCUCCACCAAAUAGAGACACUGCUUUAUGGACUCGUGUUCUUCGAAUGUCGGCAUUCAUCCUCCGUCGGACGCACGUCAAGCAUUGCGCUCGACUCCUCAACCGUCGCAACAUCUGGACGGAAUGCCCGAUCCUGCUUAUGCAGAAAUGGUACAGAGAUAAUGAUGUGAACUUUGCCGAUACGACUGCCAUCGUGAAAGCUGAGCGGGACUGGAUCGGCCUUUUCAACCGAAAUGGCAUUCAAUCAAAUGGCAACGACCAUACCUACCCCGUUACAGUCGAAAACGCCCAGUCCUGGCUUGACAUUUUCAGCGAAAUCUUGAACUUUAUGGAAGAUCAGCUCUCGAUGGUGAAGAAACAGGGAAAGAGGCGAGGACAGCGGGUGUCCAGGCCCGAACCUCCCUCCGAUGUUAAGAAAUUGUGCGUGAGAGUCAUGGCGCUCGAUGCGCUUCUCAAAGCCAAGGUGCUUGAUACCAUCAUCACUGGAGAUCUUGCCAGGCAUCUCGGAUGCAUGUAUGGAAGGGGCAUGGCAAAGAGAUCGCGUAUGUCAGAUCUGAGCAAGUCGACGGAGGAAGCGGACGAAGCCGAGGACGUGGGGGAAUACGAACCGGACGACGAUAUGGAGGCCGCCGAAGACUCUCGGCAGCACGUCAUCCGAUAUCUGAAGACUCUUACUGCAGCAUACAGUGCCGUCACACACCUAGUGUGGCGAGCUGCUCAACGAGGGCAGGUUCCGCUCGCCACAUACAGGUUCGACAUCGAUCCUCCCGUUGUCAAGAUUUCAGAGGAAACGGUCACAGGGUUCAGGACGAGAUUUCUCGACGUCUUCAAUGAUUCGCCUAGAUAUCGCGAAGCCGCCGACACAUUCUUGAACCGCAACAGAGUCGACGUGCGCCAGAUCAGCUACAAGACAGCUGUACACGCCGAAGCAGCACUCAUGGGCAUCGCGUACGCUAGCACCUUCCAUUCUCCGCAGGUACCACAGCCAGUGGAUCCCGCCCAGCCUGAACGUGCGGCUUUGGACGUCUUUCCGUCGAAUCGUCAGGAUGCUAUUGCUAUCGGCGUAAGCAAGAAGUGCUGUUUCUGCUGCCACAUGCUCGCCGAACUGCUUGCGCACCGAACAGAGCACGUCGACAGUCCGAGACCUCGAUUUGUCCUCCCCGGAACGCAUGCCACUAUCUUACCAUGGACGGCGCCCGCCGUCGGUGUCCCUCUGGGCGUUCUUCGAGAGAUGCGGACGCGGCUGCUGCACAUCCUCCAUUCUGCCGCGUCUUCUGCGCAAUCACAACAGGCUUCAAAUCAAACAUCGCCUGCGUUUUCGAGUAACGAUUUCGAAUCCGUAUUGCCGUCGGACCUUAUGUCUAUCUUCUAG